CAUCAGUUACUCGUGGACUGAGUAAAUGGAAAGAUCAAGUGAAACAUUUAAUUUCAGUGAUCUGAAAAUCAAAUUGAUAUUUGACAAAAAACUCUGGAAAAACAUAUGAAACUACAAGAGCGCAUCAGCUAAAGCCCAAUAAACCAACAAAAGCAACAAAAAGUUGAAAUUGUGAUAAUUCAAAUUGUGAUACUUAAAUUUUUUUGCCCAAAUAAAAGCAAAUAAAUCGAACCGUUAAUUAGUGCGCCAUAUUCCAAAGUCUUUUAAAGAAUAUUAAUUUCUAAUACAAACCUAAAGAAAACAAACAAAAAACUAACAAUAUGCCUGAGCUCAUUGAACAAAGCAAAAUUAUUGCCGCUAACGGCUGUGCUCUGCCUCAGCUGAACAAGCUCCGCCAGGACAACUGCGGCCUGUACAGCCACAUUCGUGGCAUUCCCACCUCGUAUGGCGAUGUCAACUCCUUGACUGCCGGUGUGCGCAGCUUCGUGGAGGAGGCAGUUGCUCUGUGCCAGCCCGACCAGGUGCACAUUUGCGAUGGCUCCGAGCAGGAGAACAAGAUGCUCAUCAAGGUGCUGCUGGAGUCGGGCACCAUUGUGGCGCUGCCCAAGUACGAGAACUGCUGGCUGGCACGCACCAAUCCGGCCGAUGUUGCCCGCGUGGAGUCCAAGACUUUCAUCUGCACUGAGAAGCGUGAGGAAACCAUUCCCACGCCCAAGGAUGGCGUCAAGGGCACUUUGGGCAACUGGAUUUCGCCUGUUGACAUGGAGGCAGCUAUUCAGCAGCGCUUCCCUGGCUGCAUGAAGGGUCGCACCAUGUAUGUGGUGCCCUUCAGCAUGGGUCCAGUGGGAUCCCCUCUGUCGAAGAUUGGCAUUGAGAUCACCGACUCGGCCUAUGUCGUCGCCUCCAUGCGCAUCAUGACCCGCAUGGGCGCUGCUGUGCUGCAGCAGCUGGCCAAGAAGGAGGAGUUCGUGCGCGCCCUUCACUCCGUGGGCACUCCAGCUAACGGCAUUGUGGAGCAGCCAUCCUGGCCAUGCGAUCCAGAGCGCACCAUCAUCCUGCACAAGCCCGCUGAGAACCUGAUUGUGUCCUAUGGCUCCGGCUACGGAGGCAACUCGUUGCUGGGCAAGAAGUGCUUUGCUCUGCGCAUCGGCAGCACCAUUGCCAAGCGGGAGGGCUGGCUGGCCGAGCACAUGCUGAUCCUGGGCAUCACCGAUCCCAAGGGCGUCAAGAAGUACAUCACUGCCGCGUUCCCCUCGGCUUGCGGAAAGACCAAUCUGGCCAUGUUGAACCCUUCGCUAGCCAACUACAAGGUGGAGUGCGUGGGCGAUGACAUCGCCUGGAUGAAGUUCGACUCGCAGGGUCUGCUGCGUGCCAUCAAUCCCGAGAACGGCUUCUUCGGCGUUGCCCCUGGCACAUCGAAGGAGACGAAUCCCAUUGCCAUGAGCACGGUCUUUAAGAACACCAUMUUCACCAACGUGGCCUCCACCUCAGAUGGCGGCGUCUACUGGGAGGGCAUGGAGAGCAGCCUGGCACCCAAUGUGCAGAUCACCGAUUGGUUGGGCAACCCCUGGACCAAGGAGUCGGGUAAGCCAGCCGCUCAUCCCAACUCGCGCUUCUGCACACCUGCAGCCCAGUGCCCCAUCAUCGACAGCGCCUGGGAGGAUCCAGCUGGCGUGCCCAUCUCUGCAAUGCUCUUCGGCGGUCGUCGCCCAGCUGGCGUGCCCCUAAUCUACGAGGCUCGCGACUGGACCCACGGUGUCUUCAUUGGCGCCGCUAUGCGCAGCGAGGCAACUGCUGCGGCCGAGCACAAGGGUAAGGUGAUCAUGCACGAUCCCUUCGCGAUGCGUCCCUUCUUUGGCUACAACUUCGGCGACUAUGUGGCCCACUGGCUGAGCAUGGAGAAGCGUGGCAAGGUGCCCAAGAUUUUCCAUGUGAACUGGUUCCGCAAGAGCGAUCAGGGCAAAUUUAUGUGGCCCGGAUACGGCGAGAACUCCCGUGUGCUCGAGUGGAUUCUGCGCCGUGUGAAUGGUGAAUCCUGCUAUGUCGACUCUGCCAUUGGCCACAUACCCGCUGAGGGGGAACUCAACUUGGCCGGCAUGAAGGAGCAGAUCGAUGUGAAGCAACUGUUCUCGCUGCCCAAAGACUUCUGGACUCAGGAGGUGGAGGACAUCCGCAACUACUUCGAGUCGCAGGUGGGCGCCGAUUUGCCCGCUAGCAUCUACGCCGAGCUGGACAAGCUGAAAGCCCGUAUUGCCGAGCUGUAAGAGGACUCCAGGAAGCGACAGAAUUUAUCACAAACACACAUCUUUACCCGCCUUGCACCACCUAUAAGCCUAAGCAACCCUGUACUCCAGUACCAAAAAACGCAUAUAACCUAUAAUCCCGCCCGCGCGGGACUCUAUAUAACUAACGAAGACUAUACUAACGAUACAACUUUUUCACUUAGUCGUUUCUCUAGAGUUUAAGCCGCAGACUUCCAAAACUAUUUAUUCAAUAAGUGUUUAUAUCUAAGCCUAAACUUAAGAUCUGUAUAAAGAAACCAACAAAAAAAAA